AUGAGCGCACACUCGAGUUUUCGGUCCAGCGCCGACCCGGGAUUUGGCUUCAACAUCGACGAAGGGAGAUGGGUUGCUUACGUUCGUCGAACCCUAGAGGAAGAACUUGAGGAAGACACACAAAUUCCAGUUAGUAUCUUCAUUGUUCCGAAAACCCUAUUGCUGAGUGCUCCGGAUUCUUACAUCCCAAAAGAAGUUGCCCUUGGCCCUUACCAUUGUUUUCGUCCCGAGCUUUACGACAUGGAGAAAUACAAACUUGCUGCUGCACAAAGAUAUCAGAGAGAAACCCCAAACAAAAAACUCCAAAACCUUGUUGAUCAGUACCUCAAAUUCGAGCUCAAGAUUCGAGCUUACUACCAUAAACCGUUAAACUUUAGUGGCGAAACUUUAGCAUGGAUGAUGGUGGUGGAUGCAUCUUUCUUGUUCGAGUUUCUUCAAGUCUGUGCUGUCGGAAAAGGCAAGGUACCAGCUAAUGUUCCAUCACGAAUGUCACAUUUGGUUGAAUUAGCAGCAAAUAAGGCAGCAAACAACGCCAUAUUUAGAGAUCUUAUAAUGCUUGAGAACCAAAUUCCAUUAUUUGUGUUGAGGGAAUUGUUAGAAUUUCAGUUCUCAUCAAUAGAGUUGGCAGAUGACUGGCUACUUUCCAUGUUAAUUGGACUCAGCAAAGAUCUUUCUCCAUUCAAGAUGGUGGAAAAAUUCCCCAAAAUACAGCUCAUGGAAUGUACUCAUUUACUCGAUUUUGCAUAUCGUUUUAUCGUGCCAAAUUUGGAGGAACAAUCUCUUGAUCAUCAUAUAGCUGAAAUUGAGGAAGAUGGUGAAUCAAAGGAAGGCGAGAAGGAUUCUUUCACAGGAGAACCGAGUUACCUAAAGCGGCUCGUUGAUGAGGUAUGGAAUAUCCUUUCUAAAUUAGAAAAAGGACUAUUAUGUCAAUGGAUCAAAUGCAUAAUCUUUUCGAAACCUUUAAAAGUGGUUGUGAAGUUGCCUUGCACUAUUAUAUCUAAGGUUCCCGUCUUAAAAAUGUUAAAACAACCAUUGGAACAAGUAUUCAGUGCCUUACAUAAAGGAGUGGAGAAGAAAGAAGAUGAAGAUUCCGACUCUAAAGGUAACAAAGAAGAACCUCCAUCGAUAGAAGAAAUUUCAAUCCCUUCUGUAAGUGAUCUCGUUGAAGUUGGAGUUUGCUUUGUGCCAACUAAUGAAGGCAUCCAAAGCAUUAAUUUCGACAUAAAAACUGCCACACUUUAUCUCCCUAUCAUUUGUGUAGAUGUGAGUUCGGAUAUUGUUUUAAGAAACAUGGUGGCAUAUGAAGCGUGUAGAGUAUCAAGGCCAAUGGUUCUGACUCGUUACACAGAAUUAAUGAAUGGGAUUAUUGACACCGAAAAAGAUGCAAGUUUUCUUCGCGAUAAAGGGAUUAUUAUAAACCGUUUGAAGAGCGAUAAAGAGGUGGCGGACCUGUGGAAUGGAAUGAGUAAGUCUAUUAGAUUGACAAAGGUGUCUUUCAUAGAUGAAGUGAUUGUAGAUGUGAACAAGUAUUACAACGGAAGGUGGAAGGUUAAAUUUGGAAAAUUCAUGAAGAAAUAUGUAUUUGGUUCGUGGCAGAUUCUCACAUUUCUUGCUGCUAUUAUGCUGUUAUUGCUCAUGUGUUUACAAGCAUUUUGCCAGGUUUAUAGCUGCAGACGCAUUUUUCUUAUCAAAGCCCUCGAAGCCGCGGUGAACGACUAG